AUGUGCACCGACUACACCGACCUCAACAAAGCCUGCCCCAAGGACGCCUAUCCACUCCUCUGCAUUGACCGACUUGUCGAUGUUGCAUCCGGGCACUCCAUCUUCUGCUUCCUCGAUGCCUAUUCUGGCUACAACCAGAUAAAGAUGCACCCGGCCGACGAGGAGAAGACGGCGUUCAUCACCGAGAAUGCCAACUUUUGUUACAAAGUCAUGUCGUUCGGACUGAAGAAUGCCGGAGCGACCUACCAGAGGUUAAUGGAUAAGGUGUUCCAGGAGCAGAUCGGGCGGAACAUAGAAAUUUAUGUGGAUGAUAUGGUGGUCAAGUCUAACUCCUUGGCCGACCACAUAGCAGACCUAGCUGAAAUCUUUGGCGAAGUACGCAAGCAUAACAUGAGGCUCAACCCCGAGAAGUGCACUUUCGAGGUCAAAGGAGGCAAAUUUCUGGGGUUUAUGUUAUCGGCUAGGGGAAUAGAAGCAAACCGAGACAAAUUCCAAGUUGUCCUAGACAUGAGGAGUCCGAGCAACCUCAAGGAAUUGCAACGACUAUCCGGGAGGCUUGUGAAGAAGCUUUGUAGACUUGAAGAUGACUUUGGCAACGCCACCGAUCCUCACGAGACCCGAGCCUUCGAGCCCACUCCUGGUAUACUUGGUUGUAUCCGAGGAGGCGAUCAACUCGGUUUUGGUGCAAGAAAAAGAAGGCACCCAGAUUCCCAUAUAUUUUUUCAGCUAACUUGUACAAGAUUCCGAGACCCGAGCCACCAAGUAGUUGUACGUACCGAUUGCCCAAUCUCUAAGGUCUUAGGCAAGCCUGAACUCGCCGGGAGAAUGAUGGCUUGGUCGGUUAAGCUCUCUCAAUUUGACAUCGUCUUCAAGUCGAGAGGACCGAUCAAAGCCCAAUACCUAGCAGACUUUAUGAAUGAACUCCACCCGCACGUCCACUUCGAAGAACAUUGGUGGACCCUCCACGUGGACGGUUCCUUAAACUACCAGGGAAGCGGGGCAGGAGUAAUUCUAGAGGGACCCAAAGGGAUAACUUUGGAGCAAUCUCUGCAUUUUCGAUUCAAAGCUUCGAACAAUCAAGCUGAAUAUGAAGCUUUGUUGGCCAGAUUAAGGUUAGCCGAGGACAUGGGUGCAUCGAGAAUCAAGUGCCGAACCGACUCUAAGGUGGUGGUCGAGCAAGUGGGUGGUAAUUUCCAAGUAAAAGACCACAACAUGAUGAAGUACUACCAUGCCUACCAAAAGUUGAAGGCGAACUUUCAAGAGGUGUUGGUUGAGCACAUUCCACGCGAGGAUAACACACGAGUCGAUCAGUUGGCCAGGUUGGCCGCAACCAAGAAGCCCGGCCAAUUGAGAACCAUCAUUCAGCAAGAAAUUGACCACCCUAGUGUCGAAGCUAAAAUGGUAGGAAGUGUCGACGCCGAUCACAAUGACCCGCCAGACUGGCGAGCUGAAAUCAAGGCAUUCAUCACCAACGGGGUCACGCCCGCCAACCAGACCGAGGCCAAACGGCUAAAAAUGCAGGCCAGUAGAUAUGUCAUCAUUGUGGGUCAGUUAUACAGGCGUGGCUUCUCUACUCCACUACUCAAGUGCCUAGACCCCACCGAGGCCGAUUACGUGAUGCGAGAAGUUCACGAGGGUAUUUGUGGAAUGCACUCCGGAGCGAGAACGACCGUUGCCAAACUCUUGCGAGCCGGGUACUAUUGGCCGACCAUGAAUACUGACUACGCAACCUUUGUGAAGAAGUGUCAACCAUAUCAGAAACACGACAACUUGAUCCACCAACUGGUCGAGCAACUGCAUUGCAUUCCCCUAGCAUGGUCGUUCGCCACAUGGGGGGCCGACAUACUUGGACCUUUCCCGAUUGCGAAGGGGCAAUGCAAGUUCCUCAUCGUCGCUGUGGACCUUUUCACCAAGUGGAUUGAAACCGAGCCCCUAGCAAGCAUCUCGGCUCAUCAAGUCCAAAGAUUCCUUUGGAAGAAUAUUAUUACCCGAUUCGGCAUCCCAUCAACCCUGGUGACUGAUAACGACCUUCAAUUCACUGACCGAAAGCUCAACGAGUUUCUAGCCGGCCUAGGAAUACAAGACAAGGUCACCUCGGUCGAGCACCCACAAAAGAACGGCCAAACCAAAUCCGCCAACAAAGUCAUCCUGACAGAGUUGAAGAAGCGGCUAGGAGAGGCAAAGGGAGCAUGGGCCGAGCAGUUACCUGAGGUGUUGUGGGCCUAUAGAUGCAUAGGUGAUCUCAUCAAUCUCAGGCUCUCCAAUCUCAACAACGCACACCCCAGUCAACUACUCAAGAAACCCCUUUUCGCUGGUCUAUGGGUCCGAUGCAAUAAUCUCGGUGGAAAUCAGAGAACCAUCAUUCCACCGAGCCCACUUCGACGAAUCAAACAACGAAGCCGAGCUCUGAGCAAACCUGGACGUUGUAGAAGAAAUUCGAGACCGAGCACUAGUGAUAGCCGAGGCAUGCAAGCAACGCUACAAGAAGAAAUUUGA